AUGAACGCGGAGCAGUACUACGCGCCGGCGCCGCUGUACAAGGAGCCGUGCGCCUUCCAGCGGGCCCCGGCGCCGGAUUUCCACCCGAGCCCGCCCGCCUGCCUCUACAUGGGCCGGCCGCAGCCCGCGCCCUACCCCGGCGCGCUGGGGGCGCUGGAGCAGGGCAGCCCGCCGGACAUUUCCCCCUACGAGGUGCCCCCCAUCACAGAGGACCCCGGCGUGUCCCACCUGCACCCGCACCACCACCCGCAGCUGCCCGCGCCCCACCAGGACGCGCUGUCCUUCGCCGACGGGUCGGACCCCGGGGCCCUGGAGGAGCCCAGGCUGCAGCUGCCUUUCCCCUGGAUGAAAUCCACCAAAUCUCACGCCUGGAAGGGACAGUGGGCCGGCGGCGCCUACGUGGUGGAGCCCGAGGAGAGCAAGCGGACGCGCACGGCCUACACGCGGGCGCAGCUGCUGGAGCUGGAGAAGGAGUUCCUGUUCAACAAGUACAUCUCGCGGCCGCGGCGCGUGGAGCUGGCCGUGCUGCUGAACUUGACCGAGCGGCACAUCAAGAUCUGGUUCCAGAACCGGCGCAUGAAGUGGAAGAAGGAGGAGGACAAGAAGCGGGGCGCGGCGGCGGGCGGCGGCCCCGAGCCCGACCAGGACUGCGUGGUGUCCUCGGCCUCGCCUUUUAGUGCAACAUACAACCUAGGUCACUGUCUAAUGAUGUUCACAGGCAAACUGAGACUGAUGGAGAACCAUCACUUCUGA